AUGGCCUCAUACGACUACUACGGUAGCGGACAUUCGCAACCUGCGGGCAACAGCAACAGCAACAUCAUCAACCCGACGCCCCAAUACGCGUCGCAGCUCGACCCCCGGCAGCAGUCCACGGCGCCGACGCCCGCGCCCUCGUACCACUCCCAGACCACAUACCCUCCGGCCGUGGCCUCCGGGCAUCACUCGCCGACCUACCCGCAGGAGCUGCCCGCCCGCAAUCCCGGGGUGGCCUCGCCGUUCGACAGCGUCUUCGACGACAAUGCCUACCCGGCCAACAGCAACAGCAAUCUGCAGGCGUACAACUCGCACGGCAACAGCCUUCGACGCGACCCCAGCGUGAGCGACAUGUCGCAGAACGGCGGCGGGUACAGCAACCACCUGGACACGGGUUACUACGGGGCCGCGGGGGCGGCGUCCCGGCAACCCAGCCCGGUAGGGUCGGAGGCGAUACCGCUGCAGGACCGGCCGCUCAAGGACGGCGGGAUGGGCGUGGCGGACGCCGAGAUGAACGACCACGUGUACGACGCGCCCGAGGGGACGCGGCGGCGCCGCAAGAAGAAGAAGGUGGGCCUGGGGGAGCUGGGCAUGCUCCGGUCGGGCAAGAAGGGCAUCCCGUGGGUGGUUUACACCUUCUCGCUGAUCCAGAUCGGCGUCUUCAUCGGGGAGCUGGUGCGCAACGCCAACCUGACGGGGUCGCCCAUCAUGAUCAAGCCGGAGUUCAACUACAUGAUCGGGCCCUCUACGCAGGUGCUCAUCAACAUGGGCGGGCGGUACGCGCCGUGUAUGCACAACAUCGACGACAUCCAGGGGUCGACGGUCGAGGUGCUGUUCCUGUGCCCCAACGCCACGGCCUGGGACGAUACAUGCGAUCUGUCGACCCUGUGCGGCUUCGGCGGCGUGCCCAAUCCGAAAUUUGACGGCGACGCCGAGCAGAAGCCCCGGCCCAACCAGUGGUACCGCUUCAUCAUCCCCAUCUUCCUCCACGCCGGCAUCAUCCACAUAGUCUUCAACCUCCUCCUCCAGCUCACCCUGGCUAAGGAGAUGGAGCAGGUCAUCGGCUCCAUCCGCUUCUUCCUCGUCUACAUGAGCGCGGGAAUCUUCGGCUUCGUCAUGGGCGGCAACUUCGCCGCCCCCGCCAUCAGCUCCACCGGCGCCUCGGGCUCGCUCUUCGGCAUCCUCGCCCUCAACCUCCUCGACCUGCUCUACUCGUGGAAGGACCGCAAGAGCCCCGUCAAGGACCUCCUCUUCAUCGUCAUCGACAUGCUCAUCUCCUUCGUUCUCGGGCUCCUUCCCGGCCUCGACAACUUCUCCCACAUCGGCGGCUUCCUCAUGGGCCUCGCCUUGGGUAUUUCCGUCCUGCACUCCCCCAACUCCCUCCGCAUCAAGAUGGGCCAGGACGCCACCUACGCCGCCGUUCCGGGGGGCGUCGACUCCGGCGGUGGCGAGACACAGCCAUUCCACAAGAACCCCGUCGGCUUCUUCAAGGGACGCAAGCCGCUGUGGUGGGGAUGGUGGCUGGUCCGCGUCGGUGCCCUCAUCCUCGUCAUCGUCAUCUUCAUCGUCCUCAUCAACCGCUUCUACAAUGUUGGCUCCACUUGCAGCUGGUGCAAGUAUCUUAGCUGUCUGCCUGUCAAAAACUGGUGUGAGCUCGGAACCAUUCAAUCAACGUCUAGUUAA